AGUGUGGAGUACAUACCAAUACACAUAUUUCACUGUAAUUUUUUGCCCUAUUGACUAAAUUCUCCAAAGAAAACAGAGAAGCCAUUGUCUAUAUUUUUUAAUUUUAGGCAAAGGACUAAAAAUGGCGACGGAGGAGAAGUUAAAGAAGAGUGAAGAACAAACCCAACUCCUGGAAACGGUCUCCGCCACCAUCUCCGCCGUUUCCACGGCCAAAUAUGUCGAUGAUGUCAUUUUAGCUCUUCAUUCCGUCGCUGUCCUCAUUUUCCCUAUCGACACUUCCUCUCUUUCAGGAGUAAUCUCAGAGAAAUACAGGGAUCAGCUCAAUCAAGCAGAAACAACCUAUACGAGUGAGAGGAGGAAUCAAGUGUGGGAAGUCUUCUAUAAAGGAGUCUCUUUUCCUACAUUAUCAAGAUUUUUGAUCUAUGAUGUUGCUUCCAAUUGGCUACCUUGCUUCCCUUUGACUGCAAGGAAGCUGGUUUAUGAUAUAUUUUUCGUAGAGGGUCUCGUUCUUGAGAUCGUCCAAGCCUUGAUUCCUUCUCUAGGUCACAAUGUCAGUGUAGUAAGAUCAAAUGCUGAAAGAUUAGUUGAACUCUGCUUGUUAGAAAAUGAAGGCGUUCUUCAGCUGGCUAGGGAACUUGGUGCUUACCAUGAAUCUAAAGACAGCUCUAAUUCUUUAGUCAAGUUGACAGUGUCUAGAGUGGCACAGCUUGUUGCGUCUGUCCCUGACAAAGCACGACUAGGAGCUCCUAAAUCUCUUUCAUCUCAUUUAUUUUUCAAGAGCGUUACUAUUCAGCUUCUGGAUGGAGCAGAAGAAAAAAGCUGGGAGUUAUAUGAUAAAGAAGUUUUAUUUCAUGGCACUGAUGUGGAUGGUACCUUCCAGUUUGUUGCAGAAAUGUUUGCUCGCAUUUGUCGGCGUGGAUCAACUGAAUUGCUAGUAAAUGAGGUGAUCCUCCGAAUCCGCAGACGUAUACAAAGGUUUUUAUUGUCCCAUAAGGAUACAAUCACCGAGAACAGUUUCAAGUCAAACUCUGAUUUCCAGUUCUGGUUCUUGAUGAUAGAAAUCCUUAGAGAUGCCUAUGUUGUGGAGAAAAUGAUUGAGAAAAUCCUGCAUCAGCUGGCAGCUGAAUGUGAACAUGACACCGAAGCAUAUUGGAUACUGUGGAUAUUGUUCCAUCGGGCAUUCCAACAUCAAAUAACAAUCAGGGCCAUGUUUGUUGAGAACUUUUUAUUAUCAAAAGUAUUUCCUUUUCGUUGCUUGAGAUGGAUACUCCAGUUUGCUAUAUUUGGUUGCCCUUUUGAUGAUCGCAAGUUGAAAAAAGGUGAUAACAAUCAUGUCCUGUUAGAAGCUGCCCAACGCGUCGUACAAAUGUGGUCCAGACGAGAAUUUGUGCAAUCAGCUCCUUUGGAGCAACAAGUAUAUGUAACAGCUGUAGCAGGUCUUUUGCUGGAGAAUAUGUCAAGGGAAGAUCUAGACUCAACCAAGGAUGUAAUGCGCUCAAUUCUCGAAGGAGUUAGCUGUAGACUGGAGAGCCCUGAUGAAUUAGUCAGAAGAAUGGCUAGCAAUAUCGCACUUGUAUUUUCUAAGGUCGUUGAUCCGAAAAAUCCUCUUUACCUUGAUGAUAGCUGCAAAGAAGGAAAUGUAGACUGGGAGUUUGGAUCGGCCUCCUCAAACAGUGCUUUGAAUAGUAAAGAUAGAACCUCUGAUAACCUGAAAAAUACAAAAACAAUUGACAAAGGUGUUCAUAUGAAAGAACAAAACCAUGGAGACACACAUGAAAGAGAAAGCAAGUCGAAUCCUGGAAAAAAGAAACCAUUUGGGCAUAAGUUGGUUGAUCCUGAUGAAAUUGUUGAUCCAGCAUCGUUAAACGAUGAGCUUCUCUCUGGUGAAGAGGUGGAUGAUAACGCAAGUGAAGAUUCUGAAGCCUCAAGUGACUCAUCAUUACAGCCUUAUGACAUGACAGAUGAUGACACUGAUCUUAAAAAGAGGAUAUCUCAGUUGGUGGACGUCGUUGGUGCUCUUCGAAAACCUGAUGAUGCUGAUGGAGUGGAAAGUGCACUUGAUGUUGCUGAAAAGCUUGUUCGAGCAUCACCAGAUGAACUGCGGCAUAUAGCCAGUGAUCUAGUAAGAACACUUGUACAAGUUCGUUGCGCUGAUACAGUAUUAGAAGAAGAAGAAGAAUCAGCUGAAGAAAAAAGGCAGAAGGCACUGGUUGCAUUGCUUGUGAUGUGCCCCUUUGAAUCUUUAAAUGCAAUAAACAAACUUUUAUUUUCUCCUCAUUUGGAUGUGAGCCAACGCAUCAUGAUACUCGAUGUAAUGACAGAUGCAGCGGAGGAACUUGCCAAUGCUAAAACCAUUGUUCGAAAAAAUCAGCCAAAAUCUUUGAUAUCAUCCGCAUCCGAACCUCAACCCUGGUUCUUGCCAAGUAGCAAACGGCCACCUGGAGCUGGAUCCUGGAAAGAGAUUCCAGAUACACUUCCUUUCUCUGCAUUGAAUUUGACCAACCGGUUUGAGAGAGAACUUCCUUCAAAACCCGGUGUAAUCAAAGGAAAAACACGUCGAUGGGGUCAUAAACCCAUAAAUUUGCAGGCUAAUGAGAUUAACUGGUCUCAGAACAAGUUUCCCCUUUAUGCAGCAGCAUUUAUGCUUCCUGCUAUGCAAGGGUUUGAUAAGAAAAGCCAUGGUGUUGACUUGCUUGGAAGGGAUUUCCUCGUUUUGGGGAAACUUAUUUAUAUGCUUGGUGUUUGUAUCAGAUGCACUGCUCUGCAUCCAGAAGCAUCUGCUUUGGCUCCUUCACUUUUAGACAUGAUAAGCUCAAGGGAGAUAUGCCACCACAAGGAAGCAUUUGUUAGAAGAUCAGUCCUCUUUGCUGUAUCAUGCUCUUUGAAGGCACUUCAUCCCUCAUUUAUAGCAUCUGCCAUAAUGGAAGGGAACGAGGAGGUUUCCAGAGGACUUGAAUGGGUUCGGACAUGGGCACUUCGGAUAGCAGAAUCAGACACCGAUACAGAAUGUUGUGCGAUGGCCAUGGCAUGUCUUCAACUGCAUGCAGAGAUGUCUCUCCAAGCUUCCCGAGCUUUCAACACUGCUGAAAGUAGUUUGCAGAAGAAAAGCAUCGGACUUCCGUCUAAUAUGUCAAAGGGGGUUAUCAGGAUUCCUGGAUCCAACAGUUUUCUUGGCUAAUUGGAUUUUGAUUUUGAUAAGGUUGUGAUGUAUAGGGAUUGUUUCAAUCCAUACCUGGAUUUGAAUGUAAAAAGUUAUCUCAUAGGUAGCUACUAAAGUGUCACAACAGAAGUAUAUUGAUGUCCACAACGAUUAAUAUAUGAAGCAAUAUGCAGUCUUGUUUUAGACUAGGCCAAAAUUAUGUAGGAAAUAGUGUGUGGGAAGAAAUGAUUUUGGCACACAAUUGUGAGAUACGGUUUUCCGUGCUCUACUCAUAAGGUGGUGUGUUAAUAUCA